GUCAGGGAAAAAUGAAAUUAUACCUCAUUAAUGUAAUAAGAGCAAUAUUAAUCAUCCUUAAAUCCAAAAAUCUAGAUCAAGCCUUAUGAAAGAUUUACUUAAUACUCUUAUCUACAAUUACAUACAUAUUAAGGCAAAACCGAAUUCCAAAAUUAAAACUAUCCCUUACCUUUAUUUACAUUACAAUCCUAUCCAAAUUACUCAAAAUUUUCCAAAAAUCCCGUUCAAAAUCCCAUCCAAACCACUCCCCUCCAAUCCCUCCUCCCAACCCUCUCACCCGACCUGCCUACAAGCCAAGAGCUCUCUUCCUCCACAAAUCCCAAGAAUCUUCCACAUUAAAAUAUAUGAUAACGGGUGAGCCUGACCGAGGAAUCAUGAGCAAAGAUUUGUGAAAGAUGGAGGAACAGGAAUUUGGGGAUUUUGAAGAUAUUGAGAUUUUAGUGCAGGAAGAGGUAGCCCCACUCGAGUUCUGAGAAAUUAUAAAGGUUCUCAAGGAAGAACCAAUUUCGCGAAUGUUUUGUGAACAAAUUGAGGAAAACAAGCAUGAAGAGGAAAAAGAUAAUGGAAUUUUUGGAGUUAAGGUUUGAAGAGUUGACUUUUCUGACAGUUUUGAUGGGCUUAUUGAGUUUAUGAAGCAAGUGAUCGACUUUGGUGUGAUGAGACUUGCUUUUGAGGAAUGAAGUCUGCCAAUGAUAACAGAAGAUUGAUGAGAACGUUUUGAAUUCAUCACACCUGAUAAUAAAAUGAGGCCUCUUUAUGGAAUUUCAUUUGAUGCAUGAACAUUCCCAAAUCCACCAGAGCUAAAAGACCCAUCAAUCCUUGAAAAAGACCCCCAAAAUAUUGACAAAGCAGACCAAAUAGGCCUCUUACUCAACAUCGAAGGGCUGCCUUCAGCCAAAUACCUCGGAGAGCCUCCCUCAGAAAUCAACGGAGGCAUCAGCAGCAUUGCUUUGAAGAACAAUGGUUUCACAGAAGUAGAAAUGGCUAAACUCAAAGUUUACUUGUGCUAUGCUGAACACUUAAUUAUUUAUGAACAAGAAUAGGGAGGAUGACUACUUUACGAGUAAUUUCAAUUGUGA